CCUCAGCAAUAAAUAUCUUAUGUAAGUUUUGAUAGUGAAUAAAUAUAAACAGAGUUGAAAAUAUUUUUUACAUGCCAGGCUCCUCGGCACUCGCAACUAAAACGAUUAAAUCGCGUGUGACACCAGAUUUGAACAAAAUGCAGUUUCAGCUGCGUACAACUUGCCAUAAAUACAGUUACCCGCUGCUGGAUGCUAAUCAAAUAUGGCGUGGUCCUGAAUUCGAUCCGUCGAAGAAGGUGGUCAUAUUGGUUACCGGCUGGACCACAACUGUUAAUAACUCGGAUGCCAUCGAUGCGUUGGCCAAGGCGUAUAACUGUCGCGGUGAUGUGAAUUUUGUGGCCGUUGACAUAGCGAACUUCGUGGAUACUAUUUACACUUGGUCCGCACUAAACACAGAAGAAAUUGGCAAGAAUCUUGGUGAAGGCAUUGAUUUACUAUCUCAGAUAGUGCCGUUGGAGAAUAUACAUCUAAUCGGGCAUGGUCUGGGUGCACACAUCGUCGGCGCUGCCGGUCGUUACUUUAAUUAUAAAACCGACAAGCUUGUGUCUCGCAUUACUGGUUUGGAUCCAGCGAAACCCUGUUUCAACGAAGGUCACGUACUUUCCGGUCUACAGCGUGGCGACGCUAAGUUUAUCGAUGUGAUUCAUUCGAACCCCGGUGUGCUGGGCAAACGUGAUCCAAUGGGUGAUGCAGAUUUUUUUCCGGGAGGUUUGCAUCCACUACCAAAGGGUUGCAAUGACAUAUUUUGUGCGCAUAAUCGUGCAUGGGAAUAUUAUGCGGAAUCGGCUUAUCCAGGCAAUGAAUUGAUUUUCAUGGCGAAACGUUGCACUACACAGACGAACUUGGCCGGUAAUAAAUGUCCGAGGGCGGAGUAUCCAAUGGGUUAUGCGGUGCCGUACGAACUCAAAGGGAAUUACUUUUUGGAUGUGAAUACAGCAGCGCCAUACGGUAUGGGUGUUAAUAGGGAGAAAAUGCGGUCACAGGCAUCUUGUGGUUUAUGUCCGGACAAAAGGAAUAACGACGUUGAAACAUCAACUUAUAAUGUAUGGACAAACUGGUUCGGUUAAUUUUUUUUAUUAAAUAUUUGGAUUUCUUAGAAGCAAAACUGUUUAGAUUUUCAUAUAUGAUAAUAAAAUUAUGAAUUUUUGUAUACAGAAAAUACUUUUAGUUGUAUUUACUUCUAUAUUCAUGUAAAUCGUGGAGCUCAGGUUCUAAGCCUGAGCAACACAAGCAUGUGAA